UUUCUUUCUCUGGCCAUAUUGUUGUAAUCAAUAAAUCGAUAAAUGUGCCAAAACGUUCAAUCAUGACCCAGAAUAGUAUUGAAUCAUCGUCUGGCAUGGGCGUUGUUGUGAAUAGCAAUGUUAAUGUUAACAAUGAUAAUCAUAACCAUAGCACUAUCAUGACUACCAUGGUGACCACUGAUAAUAACAAUGUCAAUCCACCCAUUGCUGCCCCAAUCCCAACAUCAUCAGCAUCGACAACAGCCACAACUUGCACGCCGAUGGCAACCACAAAUGUUCGUCGAAUACGACGAUAUCGGAUAUUUCCGGGACGUAAUCGUUUUUUCUGUGAUGGCCGCAUCAUAAUGGCCAAACAAAUAUCUGUUUUUUAUUUUACGGUCGCAUUAUUGGUCGGUACAUGUGUUUGCUUCUUUAUUUUUGAUUCGCCAUAUCUAUCCAAUAAGAUUAGUCCGUUGGUGCCGAUCGUUGCUGCUUUUCUGUUUUUAUUCGUUCUGUUCUGUCUGUUGCGUACAUCGUUUACCGAUCCCGGCAUAUUGCCUCGUGCAACGCCUGCUGAAGCUGCCGAUGUCGAACAACAAAUUGUUCCAAACCAAAGUAAUUCAUCUACGAUGCGGCCGCCGCCUCGUACCAAGGAAGUGAUGAUCAAUAACCAAAUGAUAAAAUUGAAAUAUUGCUUCACCUGUAAAAUAUUUCGACCACCCCGUGCAUCUCAUUGCAGUCUUUGUGAUAACUGUGUUGAACGUUUCGACCACCAUUGUCCCUGGGUGGGAAACUGUGUUGGUAAGCGUAAUUAUCGUUUUUUCUACAUGUUCAUCGUAUCGUUGGCAUUUUUGUGCAUCUAUGUAUUUUCCUGCAUCAUAACACAUUUCAUUCUAUUAUCGAAAACCAUGACAUUUGUGGAGGCUGUCAAACAAUCGCCUGUGAGCGUUGUGGAAAUGAUAAUAUGUUUUUUUUCCGUAUGGUCAAUAUUGGGAUUGGCUGGCUUUCACACAUAUCUAAUAAUGUCCAAUCUCACCACCAACGAAGACAUCAAAGGAUCCUUUUCCAAGCGUAAUCAUGUUUCAAUCAAAAAUCCCUACUCGCAAGGAUCCAUUUUUCGCAAUUGUUAUUCGAUUCUGUGCGCUCCCAUCGGUCCAAGUCUAAUCCAUCGCCGUUCAUACGUUUAUUGUGAGGAAAGUAUUAUCACCACAGCUGCAUCAGCAUCGGCAUCAUCAUCAGCAAACAAUUGCAAUAACUACCAUCACCAGCCUAUAUCAUCAUCUUCGGCUGCUGCUAAACAGUCUCAAUCGAUACGUUUUGCUGCUAAUGUUGCAUAUCCAUUGCAGCCAACUAUAUCUGGUCAACAACAACAACAACAAUCGAUUCCGGUGAUGGCCAACUAUUAUCAUCAUAACCAUCAUGCUCAUCUUCAGCAGCCAAACAAGUCGCCACAAAUAAUAUCGCAUCAACUCAAACAAUCAAACGGUCAAUCCCAAUACUAUGUUCCCAUCAUCAAGAAUAGCAACCAAUCCCAACAACAUCUGCAUCCCGAUUCACAUGGCCAAGUUUAUCUCGGCCAUGAUAUUGAUGAGCUUGAUAAACAACAACAACGUUUGGCCACACAACAUCAUUACUAUCAACAACCAGCGCAGUCGGAUAAUAUGCUGAUAAGUGAAUCGUUCAAUGCCAAUGAUCCAUUACAUCAUCACCAUCAUUAUCAAACAUGUGCCCAACAAGCUUGUUAUUAUCAUCAAAAGUCCUCAUCAUCCUCCUCGCCAUCAGUUCGUCAUCAUUCAAAUGUAGCACCACCUCAAUCCGACAACUAUGCCACGACUAUGAUUAUUGAUCCAUAUUAUCCGAAUUUGGCCAAGAAAAACUCGCCAUCAAUAAUGAUCGACACUGAUAAUGAUUAUUGUAAUUAUCCCACCCAACAUUUCAUUCAUAACAGUAACAGCAACAGCAACAGCAACAGUAAUCAACAAAAAUCAACAACCAUACCGACCACAUCUUGUUCGCAUCACCAUAAUCACCACCACCACCACCAUCAUGCAGCCAAUUCAUCGAAGGCAUCCUCAUCGACCGGUAGUUGUAAUUCGACAACCACAUAUCAAUCAAGAUCAUCAUCCACCAAUCAACCGCAUUCUCAACCAAAACGAUCACAAACCACAGUUAAAGGUCAAACACAACCCCCAUCAACAAAGCAAACAAACAAAAUCAAUUGAUCGAUAUGCAUAAUGGUAUUGAAUUCACCUGCAAUCAAAGCCUCGUUCGCCUUAUUCAUGGAAUGCAAUGGACACAUUGUGAGUUGGUUUUGUUUUGCACUAGAUUCGAUCGGAAAUAUCAUUCGAUCUUUGAUUUUAAUCUGGUUGAUUUGAAUUUUGAUUUUUGCAAAUCCAGAUUUCAGUUUGGAUGAUGGUAGCUUGUUGAUUGAUUGAUUGAUGUCUAGGCAACCGACGACUAUU